UCCCGCUCCCGUACCGCCGCUAUCCCACAGUGCCCCGCGCGUGGCCAUCCCGCUCCCGUACCGCCGCUAUCCCACAGUGCCCCGCGUGGCCAUCCCGCUCCCGUACCGCCGCUAUCCCACAGUGCCCCGCGUGGCCAUCCCGCUCUCACACCGCCGCUAUCCCACAGUGCCCUGCGUGGCCAUCCCGCUCUCACACCGCCGCUAUCCCACAGUGCCCCGCGCGUGGCCACCCCGCUCCCACACCGCCGCUAUCCCACAGUGCCGCGCGCCGCCGCGGGCCCCGUGCAGCCAUGGCGUACCGCGGGCAGGGCCAGAAGGUGCAGAAGGUGAUGGUGCAGCCCAUCAACCUGAUCUUCCGCUACCUGCAGAACAGAUCCAGGAUCCAGGUGUGGCUCUAUGAGCAGGUGAACAUGAGGAUAGAAGGCUGCAUCAUCGGCUUUGAUGAGUACAUGAACCUGGUGCUGGAUGAUGCUGAGGAGAUUCACUCCAAAACCAAGUCCAGGAAGCAGCUGGGCCGGAUCAUGCUGAAGGGAGACAACAUCACCCUGCUGCAGAGCGUCUCCAGCUAGGCUGGGAUGUUUGGGAUGUCUGGGAUGGGGCAGGAGGAGCCACAGCUGCACGUCCCAACCUCCCCUGGGGUUUCUCUUUUGUAGUUUGGGGUUUAUUUGGGAAUAAAAAUGGUUUUUUGGUUG